AUGUCGGGCGGGUUUAUCCGCGACGCCGUUCUCUCUCACUGCGGACCGCACGUGCCGGAACUGUCGUCUUCUGAUGGCGCUGCCGCCCCGCUCCCCGCCGUCCCCUUCCUCCUCUCCUCCAACUCCGUCAUUCGCGGCAAAUGGCGCUACCAAGACCCUCCCGCUUCUGCCGCCUCCGCCGCCGCCGCCGCCGCAGCAGCAGCAGCAGCAGCCGAGGGAAACGACACUUCAUCAUCGCCGGCAGCAGCAGACGCAGCAGACGGCUCGCCGGCAGGAUCAGCCGGCCAGCCGGCAGUCCGGCACAAGGUCCUGAUGACCGACUCGGGCGCGUUCGAUUUCUGGACGGAGCACGUCGUGCCGACGGAAAACGGCACGCUGGACGUGGGCGCGCUCGUUUAUAUCACAUCGCAGACGGAAUGGGCGGAGAGCUACAUGGGGACGGUGGUGGUGCGCGCGGAGGGGUAUUUUUCCAUGCGCGCGGGGGUGCUGUGCAUGGUGGGGUGCCAGAGCCGGUUGGGGGGAGGCGCGGGGGGAGGGGAAGGGGAGGAGUCCGCGGAUGCGGAAGAUCCGUACGCGGAUCCGCGGAGGUGUAACAUGCUGCUUGUGCUGAAAUUCAAGGCGAAGAACGAGGCGGAGUGGAGGAAGAACGCCCAGGAGCAGGCAGUGGAGCGGUUGGAGCGAAUAGCCGUGGCCAAGUUCGGGGUCAACGGGGAGGGCAAGAGCAACGCCGCUGCUGCUGCUGGCAGCGGUGUGGGGGAAGAAGGGCAGGGAAAAGCAGGAGCAGCGACAGCAGCGGCGGCAGGAGUAGGGGUGAUCGACCCGCACACUCUGAAGGAACGCAUGGAUAUCACGAAGGCAGACCUGCUGGACGAGUUGGGAUCCGAGGUGGAUGAUACUAGCAUUGUCGCCGACGUGCUUGUAAUGGAGGGCACUGUAACGAGUACAAUCCCGGUGGAGCAGGCAGGGGAGGGGAGCGAGUUCUUUGGGCCGCUGGCAGUGGCGGGGGAGACGGAAUCACUAACACAGCAAGCGGAGCUCUUCGAUUGGGACAUGGUGGUCUCGGCCGUGCUCUCUGCCUUCCAGGCGCUGGCAGUGUUUUCUCAGACCUCUACUACCCGCUCUCCUUCCUCUCCUCAGACGUCCUCUCCUACCUCCCCACCUUCCUCCCCCACCUUCUCUAGCGCGUGCUCUCUUUUACCCCUCCACUUACUCACUCCUCCAUCUGUUUUCCUCCCACCUUCUUCUGCUUCCACUCCCCCCACCCCAGACGUCCUCUCCUACCUCCUCACCCAGCUCGCCACUCUCCCCCACGCCAUCGAGUUCCUCACCCUCCUCCUCUACGUCCUCCUCUUUGUCUCCGUUGAAAGGAAGCGGAAACGUGCAGCAGCGGCGUACGCAGCAGCAGCCAGCGGCCUCCCUCACCACGCACAACCCCACCAGCAGCAGCCGGUGCAGUUGCUACCUCCCCCGAGUGACGCCUACGUGGCGCUGACGAUCAUGGGCAUGGUGGGGGUGGGCGGCGGCAUUCUCUACGUGUGGGACGCUACAGACGUGCUGCUACAGCUGGCCCACUUCCUCUUUCUGCUGCCACAGUCCAUCGCCUUUGCCAUCUGGCAACCACCGCUCGCCGCCUGCCGUGGUGUCUCCCUCAAAUUUGCCGUCGGCAACUGGGCAGCCCAGGUGAGCUUUCAUUCUCUACGUGUGGGACGCUACAGACGUGCUGCUACAGCUCGCCCACUUCCUCUUCCUGCUGCCACAGUCCAUCGCAUUCGCCAUCUGGCAACCCCCACUCGCUGCCUGCAGAGGUGUCUCCCUCAAAUUCGCUGUUGGAAACUGGGCUGCUCAGGUUCUAGCAGCAAACGCUCGCUCUCCCGUCGACUCCCCUCGUCUCGCGCUACAGCCGUUCGAGCUACAGCUGUCAGCGAUGCGCCUUCCCGGGUCGCGGAUUCGGGGUCGAGCGGGCUGAACCCAGAACUCGCCAAGUCGCCGUUCAAAGUGAUUGUAGCGGGAGCGGGAAUCGGCGGUCUGGUGUUCGCGCUGUCGUGCAAGAACCGUGGGAUUGACGUGGAGGUCUAUGAGCGGGAUCUGACCGCGAUUCGCGGCGAGGGGCAGUACCGCGGGCCGAUUCAGGUGCAGAGCAACGCGCUGGCGGCGCUGGAGGCGGUGGACCUGCGCGUGGCGGAGGAGGUCAUGGCGGCGGGGUGCAUCACGGGCGACCGCAUCAACGGGCUCUGCGACGGCCUCACCGGCGAGUGGUACGUGAAGUUCGACACGUUCACGCCAGCGGCGGAGGGCGGGUUACCAGUGACGCGCGUGAUCAGCCGCAUGACUCUCCAGCAGAUCCUCGUGGACGCUGUUGGCGAGGGCAUCAUUAGAAACGGGUUGACCGUCGUUGACUUCGAAGACCAGGGCAAGCAGGUGGCCGUGAAGCUGAGUGACGGCAGCACGGUUUAUGGCGACAUGCUGGUUGGCGCUGACGGCAUUCGCUCCAAGGUGCGGGACUUGCUGCUGGGAGUGACGGAGCCCACCUAUUCGGACUACACGUGCUACACGGGCAUCUGUGACUUCGUGCCUCACGAUAUUGAGACCGUCGGGUACCGCGUGUUUCUGGGCCACCGGCAGUACUUUGUGAGCAGCGACGUGGGGUUUGGCAAGAUGCAGUGGUACGCCUUCUACAACGAGCCUGCUGGCGGCUCCGACCCCCCCGGCUGUCGCAAGCAAAGGCUGAUGGAGCUGUUUGGCAAGUGGGCGGACGGGGUGGUGGACCUCAUUCAGGCCACCCCCGAGGAGGACGUGCUGAGGCGCGACAUCUACGACCGCAUCCCCAUCAUGCAGUGGAGCAAGGGGCGGGUUACGCUCAUGGGCGACGCUGCUCAUGCCAUGCAGCCCAACAUGGGACAGGGCGGGUGCAUGGCCAUUGAGGAUGGUUUCCAACUGGCGUUGGACCUUGAGAAAGCAGUGGAAGGGGCGAGGAAGAAGACAGCCAGCAAGGGCGGCGUGGUUCGGCAGCACAUGGACGUGGCGGGCGUGGUGCAGCAGUAUGAGGCGGAGAGGAGGCUGAGAGUGGGGGCCGUGCAUGGCAUGGCACGCACCGCUGCCAUCAUGGCCUCCACCUACCGGGCGUACCUGGGGGAGGGCUUUGCUCCACUCUCGUGGCUGGUGAACUGGCGCAUUCCCCACUGGGGCAAGAUGGGCGGACAGGUGGUGAUGAAGCUCUUCAUGCCCUCCAUGCUCAAAUGGGUGCUCACCGGCAACACGUUUUCAUUGGAGGGCCGCGCACCCUACUGCCGAAUCACAGACCGGGCGGAUUCGAAUCUGGCCAAGUGGAUGGCGGAUGAUGAUGCAUUGGAGCGAGCAACCGAUGCCGAGUGGUUCUUACUGCCUGCCGCUGACCGCAUGCCCCUCACCGGCACCCACACCGACUCUGGCCGCCCCAUCCUGCCUCUCGCUAUUGCUACCACUCCUGAAGGCGCCCCUCCUACCACCAUCACCUCUGCUAUCACCGUCGUUGGCUCUGCGGAGUGUGCACCUGCCAGUGGCACAGCAGCAGUCAUUUCACUGCCUGGGGUGGAGGAGAAGCAUUGCCGCAUUGAGAGUCGCAGCGACCACACCUUCUAUGUGACGGACCUCAGCCAGACCCAGGGAACCUGGCUUGUCAGAGUGGAUGGAGCGCGGUCAAAGCUCACUCCAGGGUCCCCUGAACGCCUGCACCCUGGUGACUCCCUCCAGUUUGGACCCAACACCGAGGCUCUCUUCCGUAUCAAGUUGAGGAAGGCACAGGAUGGUGGAAAGGCCAAGGACGUGUUGGCAGCUGCGACUGCUUGA